AUGACUACGUGGAUGGGGAAGAUGAACACAGCUGGAGCAGUGGAUCCAAACAAAGAUUGCCGACCCAGCUCCAAGAUUUCGCGGCAAGCGGUGCCUACAUACCCUGACGGUCUGUACAUACACCACUUGCCCGAGAGCUCAGGGUGCCAAGCCUACGCAAGUGCAGACGAUGGCCGAGCACCACCUCCCGCCGGAGCACGCCGACCACCACCACCACAACAAAGGCGGGAGGAAGGGGUCCACGCCGACGACCUCAAGCCCGGCUCGCGCGGCCGCCCACGGUACAGCUACUACUACGGUGGAUACGGGGACGGGGGCGGCGGCGCGGUGCGCGCCCUCUGCUUCACCGUCCUCGUCCUCCUCCUCGCCGCGGGGAUCACGCUGCUGGUGCUCUACGUCGUGUACCGCCCGUCCCACCCCACCUUCGCCGUCACCUCGGCCGCCGUGCUGGCGCUGUACAACGCCACCGCCAGCAACGCCGCCGGCGCGGGCGCGGCGCCCACCGCGCUGGCCGCGUCGUUCCAGUUCACGCUGGUCCUCGGCAACCCGAGCGGGCGGUGCGCGGCGCGGUACGACCGGCUGGCGGCCUACGUGUCGUACCGCGGGGAGGCCCUGACGGCGCCCACGCCCAUGCCCCCGCUGGCCCAGGACGCCGGCACCGCCGUGGAGGCGGCGCCCGUGCUCGGGGCUGGCGUCGCGGGGCCGCCGGUGCCCGUGUCUCCCGGCGCUGCGGCGGCGCUGGCGACGGACGUGGCCGACUCGGUGCUGCCGCUCCGGGUGGUGCUGCUCGGCCGCGUCCGCUUCGUGAACGGGCCGUUCCACAGGGGGUGGCACUCGCUCUACGCCCGCUGCGACCUCCUCCUCAGCGUCCGCAAGAUCGGGAACGGCGCCAGCGGUGGUGUGCCCCAGGCGCCGAUUCUUGGCGACCCCAACUGCAACGUCGACAUGUGA